AUGGCGGACCUGUUCAAGAACUUGUUCGGUGGCUCCAAGGACGCAGCUGCCCAGCCCGCAGCCGAUCCCAAUGCAGACUUUGCCGACUUUGCUAGUGGUGCUACCGCCGCCUCCCCGGUCGACAACACUGCCGCCGCCGCCGCCGCUGCCGCCACCGCUGCCGCUGCCGGUUCUUCUGCUCCGGCUGUCCCCUGGACGGCGUGGUACAAUGUGCACGAGCGCCACUCACUGUCCGAGUUCAAGAGCGAGGGGCUGGUGCUCAUCGUCGGUCUGGUCAUCCUGGUGGUGCACCUCAUCGGGUCGCGCGUCAACCGCAACAAGGCCAAGGCCUGGAUGCGCGCGCACACGCCCACGCUAACCAGCCAGUUCGCGCUGGUGGGCUUCAGCGGCAUCCCCAACAUGGACGAUGGCGACCGGGUCAACGCGGACAGCCUGCUCAAGGAAAUGUCGCUCUUCGAGUUCGCCACGUACGCCACGGGCCGCCAGAACAUCGCGUUUGCCGACUUCAAGAUCACGCUGCAGAAGCGCUUCAACCCCUUCAUCAGCAUUAUCGAGACGGUGGCCUCGUUCUUCUGGGAGUCGACGUUCCCGGCGCCCACCGACACUGUCGAGGCCUUCAUCUACCCCUUUGACGGCAAGGAGAGUCAGACGGUCCCGUCCAUCCCCGGCGCGUCCGAGGUGGCCGGCCGCGGCAGCAGAGCCGGCACCGGCAGCAGCAGCACCUACGACUCCUUCGUCUGGGCCCUGGUCAACAAGUCAGGCAUGCAGCAGCUCCGCGAGACGCGCUACGACCUCUCCCUCACCUCGACAAAGGACAAUUCCCAGCUCCCCAGCUGGCUGACUGUCAUGGCCGAGAGCGCCGAGAUCACGAACACGCUCCUCACACCCGAGCUCAUCGCCGCCGUCGAGUCGGCCGGCGAACUGUUCGACUACCUCAUCGUCACCGACCAGCCCGACUCCCGCCCCAAGACGCUUGGCGAGUCCUCCCCCAGCAAGCGCGUCCUCCUCAAGUACCGCGUUCCCGCCUCCAACGACUACGCCGGCCUCAUCCCCCUCGUCGACUACGCCGUCCGCAUGCCCGACCAGCUCGUCCAGUCCGCCCGUUUCCGCCCCGAGGUCCUCCGCAAGGUCCGCGCCACCCGUGACCACAUGUCCAAGGAGCUCCGCAAGGCCGCAGAGGAGGAGAAGAACGAGGAGCGCCUCCUGGAGCGCGAAAAGGCAAAGAAGGCCAAGCGUGACGCCGAGCUCGCCGCCCUCGACGCCAAGGCUCAGAAGAAGUACCUUGAGAGGGAGAGGGAGAGGGAGCAGCGCAAGUCGCAGAAGAAGCAGACUACCCGUGGUUAA